AUGAAAAUACCAAGUUUGGCUGGCAUUUCGAAAACGAGCAGAGUGCGAGAAGAUAUUUUUAAGCCAACUGUAUCCUACUCUCCAAGAAGCUUUGCCCGAGAAAUCUACCUCAAAUAUCCGCUUGGAAGGAUCGAAACUGCAACCGCCAGUCUUACUGAUGACGUCGCCUGCCCCUGCAGAUCCUGUUUGUCCUUGGGCGUCUGCAAUAGGAUCAUGCUGGUCACUCAGUCAGCAACCCAGCCAAAUUCUGAUGAAGUUUUGGAAGAUGAGGAUAAUAUUGUUGAUGAAUUAAUGAAGGAAGACAUUCAUGAAGAAGUAAUCCCAAAGAAAAAAAAAUAUCAAAAAUUAGUGUUCCCUCAUCCCCUCCCCAAAAGGAGAUCAAAACAAUGCAGUCUUUGGCUGCCUCAUCCCACCUGCUCCCUCCUCCACCCGCCGGCAACUUCCCCUUCUUCCUCACGCGCUUUCCCACGCUCCACCACCAUCAAAUGCAACCUGCCUUCCCAGAACCCAAAACCCCAAAAGCCCACUCCCCUCCUCCACUCCCUCUCCAAGCCCUUUGUUCUUGCCUCCGCUUCUGCUGCCACUCUCCUCAUCACCAUCACCCCCAUUUCAAACAGUCUCCCUGGAGGCGGCGGAGACAACAGCGGCGGCUUCUCUGGUGGCUGCAGGAGCGGAGGUGGGGACUCCAACGGUGGUGAUGGAAGCAGCGGCAAUUUCUGGGAGAAGUUCUUUUCGCCUUCGCCGGCAAUUGCGGACGAUAACAACCAAAAUCAAGAAUGGGAUUCUCACGGAUUACCAGCCAACAUUGUAGUUCAACUCAACAAGCUGAGUGGAUUCAAAAAGUACAAACUUUCGGAAAUUUUAUUCUUUGACCGACGGCGAUGGACCACUGUAGGGGCCGAAGAUUCGUUCUUCGAAAUGGUUUCGUUGAGACCAGGAGGGAUCUACACCAAAACCCAGUUGCAGAAGGAGCUCGAAACAUUAGCCACAUGUGGAAUGUUCGAGAAAGUUGAUAUGGAGGGAAAAACUAACCCAGAUGGAACUUUGGGAUUAACCAUUUCGUUUACAGAAAGUACUUGGCAGUCAGCUGAUAGGUUUAGGUGUAUAAAUGUUGGGCUAAUGGCUCAAUCCAAGCCUAUUGAAAUGGACCCUGAUAUGACAGAUAAGGAAAAAUUGGAGUACUAUAUGAGCCAAGAGAAGGAUUAUAGAAGGAGGAUAGAGAGAGCUAGGCCUUGUUUGUUGCCAAUGCCAGUACAUAGCGAAGUGCUGCAGAUGUUGAGGGAUCAAGGGAAAGUGAGCGCUAGGUUAUUGCAAAAGAUAAGGGAUAGGGUUCAAAAAUGGUACCAUGAUGAAGGGUAUGCCUGUGCUCAGGUUGUCAAUUUUGGUAACUUGAAUACUAAGGAAGUCGUUUGUGAGGUAGUGGAAGGUGAUAUCACACAGCUUUCGAUUCAGUUCCAGGAUAAACUUGGAAACGUUGUCGAAGGGAAUACACGGCUUCCUGUAGUGAGGAGAGAAUUGCCCAGACAGCUUCGACAAGGCAAUGUUUUUAAUAUUGAAGCUGGGAAACAAGCGCUGAGGAACAUAAACUCGCUUGCUUUGUUUUCAAAUAUCGAAGUAAACCCACGACCUGAUGAGAAGAAUGAGGGCGGCAUCAUUGUUGAGAUAAAGCUCAAAGAGCUGGAUCAGAAAUCAGCUGAAGUUAGUACGGAGUGGAGUAUUGUACCUGGACGCGGGGGACGUCCCACAUUGGCUUCAAUUCAACCUGGUGGAACUGUUUCUUUUGAGCAUCGGAAUCUCAAAGGACUUAAUAGAUCUAUUAUUGGUUCCUUGACCACUAGUAACUAUUUUAAUCCUCAGGAUGAUCUGGCUUUCAAACUAGAAUAUGUGCACCCAUAUUUAGAUGGUGUCAAUAAUCCUCGCAAUCGAACUUUUCGUGCAAGCUGCUUCAACAGCCGGAAACUGAGUCCAGUUUUCACUGGUGGGCCAGGAGUCGAUGAAGUCCCACCAAUUUGGGUUGACCGAGCUGGUGUUAAAGCUAACAUUACAGAGAAUUUCACCCGUCAAAGUAAAUUCACUUAUGGACUUGUGAUGGAAGAGAUAACAACACGUGAUGAAAGCAGUCAUAUCUCUGCAAAUGGUCAAAGGGUGCUACCAAGUGGUGGCAUCAGCGCAGAUGGACCUCCUACCACUCUCAGUGGUACCGGUGUUGAUCGAAUGACAUUUCUACAGGCAAACAUCACACGUGAUAAUACCAAGUUUAUAAAUGGUGCUAUAGUUGGCGAGAGGAAUGUGUUUCAGGUGGACCAAGGACUUGGUAUCGGGAGCAAGUUUCCAAUCUUUAACCGCCAUCAACUGACGCUUACACGAUUUCUCCAACUAAGAGAAGUAGAAGAAGGUUCCGGCAAACCCCCACCACCUGUUCUAGUCCUUCACGGCCACUAUGGAGGUUGUGUGGGUGACCUUCCAAGUUAUGAUGCUUUUACUCUUGGAGGUCCCUAUUCUGUGAGAGGUUAUAACAUGGGUGAGCUAGGUGCAGCCAGAAACAUUCUUGAGCUUGGAGCAGAGAUUAGGAUACCGGUGAGAAAUACACAUGUUUAUGCAUUUGCAGAGCAUGGGAAUGAUCUAGGAAGUUCAAAAGAUGUGAAGGGCAACCCGACAGAGGUCUACAGGCGCAUGGGGCACGGUUCAUCAUAUGGGGUUGGUGUCAAACUAGGUCUGGUGAGAGCCGAGUAUGCUGUUGAUCAUAACACCGGAACCGGUGCAGUCUUCUUCCGAUUUGGGGAAAGAUACUAAGAUGUUUAGGGUCUAAUGCUGCUGCUUAAUACAGGGUAGUCAUUUCUGUUUCUAGCAACUGUUGGAGCUGUUGUGAAUGUUACAGAGAUUUUGAGAUGAAUGUAACUAGGCACACUAUUUAAUCGGCUUUCUUAUUUCGAAUAAAUAUUUUUGUUUUUGUACUAUUUAGCGUUACAA